CCAGUUCAAAAAGCCCAAAUAUCUUGCACCAUCAGAAUCACUUUCCCUUCUUUACUCUACGACAUGUCAUCCAGCGAUACUGCUAGCAAUUCUCCGGGCUGGACAACCGUCGACUCGCAUGAAUUCCACGAGAGUUCAGAAGAUCAAUGGACUCACGAGGCUCCUCCUCUCAUCGCCAUUGUUGGAAUGGCUGCACGUCUGCCUGGUGGCAUUUCAUCCCCUGAAGACUUUUGGCAAUUCAUGAUUGACAAGAGAUGCGCAUCCGCUCCAGUUCCUGCGGGGAGAUACAACGUGGACGCCUUCCACGGGACUCCUGGCGUGGAUACACAAUCGGUAAUUGCCAAGCACGGCUUUUUUCUUGACGGCGACUAUCUGGGAAAAGUUGAUACUUCCUUUUUCCAUAACAAUCGAUACGAGCAUGGGUUUGUAGACCCCCAACAGACUAUUCUAUCGGAAGUGGUUUGGGAGUGCAUGGAGAGCGGCGGACAAGUCAAUUGGCAAGGCAAGGAAAUUGGAUGUUUUGUAGGCACCUUUGGGGAGGACUGGCUAGAUCUCACAGCGAAGGACACCCAAAACCUGAACCCGCUCCACGUCGUGGGGACUGGGGACUAUGCGGCAUCCAACAGAGUAUCAUUCGAAUACGACCUCAAGGGCCCGUGCAUGACUUGUCGAACUGCUUGCUCAUCAUCGCUUGUGGCUCUCCACGAGGCAUGUCAGGCAAUUGCUCUCGGCGACUGCCCUUCAGCGAUAGUUGGAGGAUCCAGCCUGAUUUUCACUCCCACAAUGACAACCAAUAUGUCGCAGGCUGGGGCAUUGUCCCCUGAUGGGAUCUGUAAAACAUUCGAUGCGGAAGCCAACGGUUACGCCAGAGCGGAGGGAGUGUGCGCCUUGUAUAUAAAAAAGCUAGACGAUGCCAUCCGUGACAAAGAUCCAGUCCGUGCAGUCAUACGAGCGGUUGCGACAAAUUUCGAUGGCCGAACAAACCACAUCACGGUCCCAUCAUCGGCCGGACAAGAGGCGCUGAUCCGGAAGGCCUACCGCAAAGCUCAUCUCGAAAACCUUGCAGAGACCGCGUUUGUCGAAUGUCACGGCACAGCCACGCGGGUGGGUGAUGUCGUUGAAACCACCGCCGUCGCCGAUGCCUUCGGGCGCCAUCCCAUGAUUAUUGGAGGUGUGAAAUCAAACAUUGGUCACACCGAGGGCGCAGCAGGUCUGGCAGGCUUGAUUAAAGCAGUUCUUGCUCUUGAGCACAAACAGAUCCCUCCGAACGUCAACUUUUCAACACCAAACCCAAAGAUUUUGUUCGAUGAGGCAGGAUUGACAGUACCUGUUGAUGUUCUUCCUUGGCCAACUGACCGCAAAGAACGUGCACUCGAAAGGGUUCACAGGCUCACUAGAAAGGUCAUCGUGGAUUCAGCGGCAUCGUUGAUGCCCCAAAAGGCAAUAGCAGCAUUGGAAACAAACAAAAACAGCCCGCGACUCUUGCCGUUGUCAGCUAGUGGCCCCAAGUCCCUUGAUCAGCGGGCGAUAGACAUAAAAAAAUACCUCUCCCGCCAUCACGAGGCAGUGCACGAUUUGGCUUAUACCCUCUGUGAAAAGCGAGAACAUCUUCGCCACAGGGCAUUCGCAGUCACCGGUGGAGAGGUUCCUCUUGAGUCUAUUGAAUUUGUCAAAGCGGAUAACACCAGAAAUGGGCCAAGGACCGUGACAUUUGCAUUUCCUGGCCAGGGAGCUCAGUGGGCGGGAAUGGGAAGCGAGUUGAUGGAAAACUUUAUGUCCUUUAGGAAGGACAUAGAAUACAUGGAUGGGGUACUGCAAAGUCUGCCCAAUGCACCCAUGUGGAGGAUGCACGAGGAGCUGAUCAAAACGGGCCCGGAGAGUGACAUUAACCGGCCCGAUAUAGCACAACCUCUGUGUACCGCCAUUCAGAUUAGUUUGGUCAAUCUUCUCAAAGCAUGGGGAAUCACUCCGGACAAAGUCAUAGGUCAUUCCAGUGGGGAGUUUGCAGCGGCUUACGCAGCCAACGCCUUGUCCAUGGAUACGGCAAUUAUAUUGGCCUAUACUCGCGGAAUUGUGGCCAACAUGGCUCCAGAGGGGGGCAUGCUCGCAGUAGGGCUUGGCAGAGACAGCAUCGGUCAAUAUCUGGGUGAUGAAGUGGCAUUGGCGUGCGAGAACAGUCCAAAUAGCGUUACCCUCGCUGGAAAACGCGACCAGCUGGAACAGGUAGCAACUCGAAUCCAGAACGAACAGCCCGACACCCUACUGAAGAUGCUACCGGUUGAGCGAGCGUACCACUCUGCAUACAUGGCUUCAGUGGGUGGCAAAUAUGAAGAGCUUACCCGACCGCACCUUGUCAACCCUCGAGAUACAAUGAUUCCAAUGUACUCAACGGUAUUUGGAAACCUAAUAGCAAGCCCUAGUGAGCUUGACGCGGCGUAUUGGCGCCGAAGCUUGGAAUCACCUGUCCUGUUCUCAACCGCUUUCCGGGCUUUGUCCUCAUCCACACAUGACAAUCAUCAGGUUGCGAUAGAGAUCGGAUCGAACUCAGCACUUAGAGGGCCAAUCCAGCAGAUACUCCGUUCAAUCAGCAUGAGCUUCACAUACUGUGCGACCAUGAGAAGCAACGAAAGUAACCUUUCUCGCGUCCUCUCUGUCGCUGGCACAGCUUAUGUCAACCAUUUACCCGUCGACCUCCUCGCUGUCAAUGAAGGCUAUCAAGGUGAAAUUCUCACCGACCUUCCUCCCUACCCAUGGCAGCGCGAAGAUAUUCCCUGGGCAGAAACUCGAAUCAGUAAACAGUGGCGCUUGCGCCAAUUUCCACGCCAUGAACUCCUUGGGGCGCGAUGCUUGGAAUCCAAUGACUUCGAGCCCGCAUGGCGGAAUAUUCUCAAGGGUGAGGAGGUCCCGUGGAUCAACCACCAUCGCAUGAUGGGCAUUAUUGUUUUUCCAGCCGUUGGAUACAUAGCAUUGGUAUCGGAAGCUAUACGUCAGAUAACAGGCUCAAGUAUCUCUACACUAGAGCAAGUUAUGUUCAUGGAGGCCCUGGUCCGAGACGAAGAGGACAUUGAAAUCAUGACGACAAUGCGGAAGACCACAAUGAAUGCAACUAUGGACUCUGACUGGUAUGAGUUCACGGUUUGUUCCUAUAACGGUCAAGGAUGGACCAAGCAUUGCUCCGGGAGGGUGAGGGGAGGCACGGACCAGCCCCUUCCAUCAAGCACGAUUCCUGAGCCAUUUGCUCGACAGAUUUCGUCGUACAGAUGGUAUCGCAGGUGUGAGAAAAAGGGACUCGAAUAUGGCUCCCGUUUUGAAGGUCUGCAAGAUAUCACCGCCAGUCCACUAAGGAAUGCAGCCCGUGGGCGAGUGGAGGAUGACCGCAAGCUCCACGACAGUUACUACGCAAUACAUCCAACGAUCGUGGACCAAUGCCUUCAAGUAAUGUUGAUUGCCAGUGACAAAGGCGUCUCGCACUAUCCUGACAAGGCAGGCAUGCCGUUGUACAUCGACCGAGUUUACCUGGCCCCAGGAAGCAGCUCGAUGCUAGUCGAGGCGACGACGACUGAUCCAACAAAAGAGAGCCUGAGUGGAUAUUUCAAGGUGGUAUCUGAGGCAACUAGUGACGUGGUCUUGGAGAUGAAGGGCCUGCGCUUAUUGCCUACACCAGAAGCUGUAUUGGAAUCGAAAGGAUCAAAGCUUGCAACAUAUCUCCAGUGGAAACCGGACAUUAGGUUUAUGCCGGCAACCCAACAAGUACCAACACUUGUGGACCUAGAUCAACAGAAAACCCAGACGUUGGCUAUAGCGGGGAUCCUUCUCAUAUUUGCAAUGAUGGAGGCUCUGGAGCCUCAUGACGAGCUACCUCCGUACAUGGCGAGCUAUAGAAAACUCAGUAUCGGCAUAGGCAGGACGAUACUCCAAGGGGAGUAUGACCAUAUCCCUGGUAUUGGAACGGUGAAAAGCAUGGACAGGGAGCAGCGGACUGUUUUGUUCAGAUCCUUGCAAGGACAGUUCCCCGAACAUAGGGUUGAACGAUGCUAUAAUGAUGCCUGGCGGUAUGCGAGUGAGCAUCCGGAAAAAUUGAUAAAUGGGGGGGUCUAUGAGGAUACCUCCCUCCUAGAGACCAUCAAGGGCAUUUUCGAGUGGAGCCUUGAACUAUACAAUUGGAAAGGUUUCCUGGGUCCACUAGCUCAUGCGAAUCCUGGUCUACGUGUCCUUGAAGUUGGAGCCGGGGCAGGUUCAGCAACAGUGAAUAUCUUGGAAGCAUUGACCACCGAACACGGUGAUCGUCUGUUUAGUCAAUACACAGUCACCGACACUGUACCUGCGCUUGUGAAACAACUGGAAGAGCGUUUUGAAGGCGUGCCAAAGCUGGAGUUUAAAAGACUGGAUAUUACGAAGAGUGCAACAGAUCAGGGCUUCACAAAGGAAAGUUACGAUUUAGUGGUUGUGUGCAAUGUCCUAUAUGAAACACCUAUCCUCGGUCAGUCAUUGGUGCACAUCCGAUCCUUACUUGCGCCUGGAGGGCGAUUGCUCCUGUACGAGCCUUGCUCAGAGCUUCCACAUUUUGAUAUUGUCAUGAAACUUCUUCCGAAUUCGUGGUUAGGCGUAGGCGACAAUCAGGUUGAUAAGACUCACGUUUCCGUGGAGCGUUGGGAGCAGGAGUUAGUCCAGGCAGGAUUUUCUGGCCUCGAUGGGUUCCAUUACAAUGCACCUGCACCAUUUUACUGGCAGGCACUGAUGCUAUCAACAAAUCCAACGGUCAAUACCCCGCGAGAAUCCAUGAACCUACUCUGCACUGCAGAGACAAGAUGCCAGGCAUGGAUACAGAGCCUGGCGGGCUGCCUAUCCUCCGACGGCUAUGAUGUACAUUGGUGUGCCUUUGAAGAAGAUCUCCCGACCGAAAACGUCAUUGCAGUACUCGACUUUGACAGACCAUUCUUAUAUGACAUAUCCCAAGCUACUUACACUAAGAUCCAGAGCUGGUUGGCCUCGGUGAAACGUCUCCUCUGGGUGACGCAUUCAAUGCAGAUUGAAUGCAAGGAUCCCCGAUACUGUCUGAUCCUGGGGCUCACUCGCACAUUGCGGUGUGAACUGAACGUCGAUGUUGGCACUUGUGAGAUUGACUUGUUUGACGAGGCUGCUCAUCCGGUGGUAAUGCAAGCGUACAGACAGCUCGGUACACCGAUCGGAGGACAGACGAUUCGCGAUUUCGAAUUCAUUCUGCAUCGGGGUGUAGGCCACACUGGUCGUGCAGCCAUCACAAAGGUUACAAACCAUCUCCAUUCCACAGACCAGCAAAGGUCUUAUCAAUUAGACAUUCAAACUAUCGGUGAUUUCAGCUCACUUGGAUGGAGACCCAUUUCUUUGGAGGAAGUCGGUCCACACGACGUCGAAGUCAAGGCCAGCUAUUUGGCGCUCAACUUCAAAGAUCUGAUGAUGGCUUUGGGCAUCGUGGAGCGAACGAAGACAAUGGAUUUUUGUUUUGAGGGGAGUGGUAUUGUCACUCGCGUGGGAUCGGAGGUGACAACAAUACAAGUCGGUGAUUCAGUGGCCUUUUUUCAUCCCCAGCCGAUGAGAAGCCUUGCAGUCUUGCCAGCUGAUUGGGUGAUCUACCCUCCCAAGGGUGUCUCGCUAGCAGAAGCCGCAGCUAUUCCCAGUGCUUAUACAACCGCUAUAUGCACACUGCUAGGUACGGGAAAAUUGCAGAAGGGUCAGUCCGUUCUGGUUCAUUCCGCGUGUGGUGCAGUCGGACUGGCAGCAGUGCAUAUCUGCCAAAGCGUCGGUGCCGAGGUAUUUGCCUCAGUCGGUAGCGAUGAAAAGGUCGAGUAUUUGAUGAAGACGUUCGGAAUUCCACGCUCGCACAUUUUCGAUUCACAUAGUGCUUCAUUCCUCUCCGGCGUCAUGAGGGAGACUAAUGGAAGAGGCGUCGAUCUGGUGCUCAAUUCACUAGCGGGAGAGCUUCUCCGGGCGUCAUGGAAAUGCGUCGCACCUUUUGGAAAACUGCUGGAGAUCGGAAAAAGAGACAUACUGGGUCAUGGCAUGCUUGAUCUGAAUGGGUUUCGGGAAUGUCGGUCAUUCUGCGGCUUUGACUUGUAUAGUAUAGCCUAUGAUGAUUUCGACAUAGGGAGGUGGGCCUUUGAAACGGCUAACAAGAUCAUAAGUGAAACAACAUACCGGCUUCCGCGAACAAUAUUCCAAGCGAACCAGGUUGGAGAUGCCAUGCGACAGAUGCAAAAGGGGCAGCACAUUGGGAAAAUCCUUAUUGACAUGACUGACAAUGAGAGCCAAUUGCCAGUGCUCCCCGCACAGGCCGGGUUUAGCUUUUCGUCUACCUCUUCGUAUAUGCUUGUUGGAGGCUUGAGAGGCAUUGGCCGGGCCGUGGUUCGGUGGAUGGUGGAACAUGAAGCUCGCAACUUCACCUUCCUUUCUCGGUCAGCUGGAUAUCAUGAAGAAGAUCAACAAUUUGCUAAAGAACUGGAGAGUCAGGGAUGUCGUGUGGUGAUGGUGGCUGGAAGUGUCACAGAUUCAGACACCGUUCAGCGCACAAUCCAACAGGCGGAACGCCCAGUUGCUGGUGACCAACUUUUUGACAAGAUGUCAUACGAGGAGUGGACCACGAGCCUGGCAACUAAAGUCCAAGGAACUUGGAACCUUCACAAUGCUCUGCAGGACCACUCAGUUGAAUUUUUCAUUGUCUUUAGCUCCGCAGUAAGCAUGAUUGGAAACCCAGGACAGGCUAAUUACGCCGCUGCGAAUUCGUUCUUGGAUGGAUUUGUACAGUAUCGGCGAGGGCUAGGCUUACCCGCAUCAUUGGUCAGCCUAGGACCCGUCGACGAAAUGGGUCUUAUGUCACAGCAGCCGGACCUUUUGUCUAAAGCACGCCAAGUCUCCCACCAUAUGAUGGGAGAGGGAGAUGUGCUAAAGGCGUUCCAGCUGGCUCUGCUCUCGGCGAAAGAUGGACCGUCUUCGAGACGCCCAGCAGUAGUGGUCGCAGGGCUCUCCCCGGCCGUUGUGACUAGCGAUCCAUGGCUCCAACAGGAUGCACGAUUUUCCAAUCUUCCGAAAAGAACAGACAUGUCGAACGCCGGGGGUGACGACGACGAGCAAUUACAGCGGAAAGUCGCGUCAGUCAGAGACGACCCGACAUCCCUAAUCGACGGCUCGUGCGAGGCUCUGAUCAUCGAGAAGCUUGGGAAGCAGAUCGCCAUGCAUAACGGACUAUCCGAGGAACUGGGUGUAGACCAGUAUAGUAGCCUUGAGGUAGAUUCAUUAAUGAGCCUCCAGAUAAAACACUGGCUGGGCCGUAAGGUGGAGGUGGAGGUUUCGCUUGGAGACAUUAUGAAAGCGAGAACGGUUGGGAACAUCGCAAGGUUAGUCACAGAGUAUCUCCGUACAAGACAUGGGGUGAAGGAGAAUGAAGGUUCCGCGGUUUAG